GGUGGCGCUCGUGUAUUAUCCGCGCCAAUAGAUACAGCGACCUUCACUGGCUGUAUUCACUCGCUGAACAUCAGUGUGUAUCCUGCACAGUGGGGAUGUUACGAUAGAGCAGCAGGUUUUCCAAUAAAUAAACGUUUUAUUAUUUCAGGUUAUACGAUUAAAAUUUUGGCAAAGGUAUUAAAGUGAAGUUUUUCAAGUGUUUGUGAGGAAAAAACUCUCUCGGCCACUUGUCGGAUGUGAAUUCCUAGAGGAGUAAGCUUUCUCCGCACAUAUAUCUCGUGCAUUGUGCGGAAUUUCGUUUUGGCUUGCAACUGGGACAUUAGUUAUAAGGGAAGACGGUAAGGGCCCAAAAGACUCUGGACGAGAGACACAAACGUACUCACACAGCACAAAGACCUCACACGCAACCAUACGGGAAGACGGUAAGGGCCCAAAAGACUCUGGACGAGAAACACAUACGUACACACACAGCACACAGACCACACACGCAACCGUACGACCGAUGAACGCCUGUUGACGCCUCGGAGACGUUACCACGUGACAUGAACAAUAUGGCGGUGCAGGGACGCGUGCAUGACCCGCUGUUCCAUUUCGAGACCCAUUUUCCGGAGCGGCUUUCCCGCCUCCACUUGACCCCAGACUACCCCACGGGCGGCGGCGGCGGCAGUGGCGGCUCACAUCCUGUCCAGCGGAAGAAGAAGUCGCGGGCCGCGCGGCAGGGCGUCCGCUAUAAGACACAGCCGGUUACCUUCGAUGAAAUACAGGAAGUAGAUGAAGAAAACAUAAAAGAGGAGGAUAAAACUGACGGUCACAGUGGAUUGAAGACGUCAUUUGCCGCCUUCUCAAAGUCAAUGGAUGGCCUUGUGUCAAAGGGCAAGCACCGGAUCUCGGACGAUACUAUUCACGAAUGUGUAGAGCCCGGUAACAAUAAUGAACCCAAACAGACUAAGCCUAAGAUUAUUCAGAUCGGGCGAGUGCAUUCGGAUUCACCCGAACUACGGCUCCGUAUUGAGGAAAACACAAAUAAAGAGAAUAAAGAAAACGAGCCGGAAAAUGGCGUCCCCCCGAGACCGGAGGGCGAUGUCACGCCGCUCGGUCUCCCGCCCACUGGACCGAACACAAGACGACAAAGAACGACCGCGAAGGCAAAGAAACGCCAACAGCAGGCGGGUAUCCCGGAUGAAGGGGAUAAGGGCACGUAGUGAUUGUGACGUCAUUUCCGGUUUCUAUGACAUCAUUGGAAUAUUAGUUCUUCAUUGUGUUUAUAAUUUGACAUGGAAACACUAGUGUGUGCGAUUUUUAAGGUGGAAGUUGAGAUUAUGCAAAAUUAGUGUUUUUGUCCAUGCUGUCAGCGAAUUCGUAGCUAAAAUAUUAUGUGCCUUAUAACGUGCAGUGCGUUUAUUUAAUUGUCGUAAUAGAAACAUAAUGUUGCCUUCAAUGUUGCAAAAUGCGACGUUACCUUGCGUGUGCAGAGGCCAUGAUUUUCAAAGACUCGAAGGAAACCUAUUAUGUUAGAAAUACGUUUAAGUGAUAUUAAUUUAUUGAUUGUAAAUAUUAAAAUUUAUUCAAGUUAUUUUACAGUUCAAGUUUUGGAUUUUAACUGACAGAUAUCUGGUUCUUAUACAUAUAUACAUGUAUAUUACAUUAAAUCUUAAACGAAG